AUGGAUAGGUGUAAUGAAAACAUGGGGCUUUUGUCCCUCUUCUUGAUCAUCUGCUUAAUCAUCACUAAUGUGCAUACUGCCAUGUCUGAUAAUGGGGAAGUUGCUGCCUUGACUACCUUUAAAGCAAGGAUCACAACUGAUCCAUCCGAGGCCUUAAGUAACUGGGAUCCUCUACUCGUUAGCGCAGGAACGUUUUGGCAUGUCAAUUGCAAUAGCCAAGAAAGCGCAGUGAACAUUAAUCUUGGGCAACUGGAAUUAAAAGGUACACUCGGCUCGGAACUUAGCAAGUUGACGAACUUGGAAAACUUGCUGUUGAAUGAUAACAACUUUUACGGUGAAAUACCUCAAGAGCUCGGAAAUCUCAAGAGUCUAACGGCCUUACUUCUGCAAAAUAACAACUUGAGUGGCUCCAUACCGUACACGUUCGGCAAACUGAAGAAUUUACGCUCCCUUCGAGUGCAGGGGAACCAGUUGACAGGCCAAAUACCUGCGGAAUUCGGUGAUCUCCACCAGAUUCAAGCUCUGGACCUAUCAGUGAACAAGCUCACGGGAAGUGUACCUAAAGAAUUGGUCGGCCUGAAAAAUCUUCGAUAUCUGAAUCUAUCGUACAACGACCUUUCGGGUUCACUGCCGGCUGGUUUGGACAAAUUACAGUAUCUGGACAUAAGCCACACCAACAUAAAAGCAGGUUGA